CUAUUUCUUAAUUUCCUCUCUAGCAGGAUACUUAGCUUUGCGGUUCUCAGAUCCAAGAACCUCCUUUCGCCCAAAAAACUUUGAUUUAUUCUUCACCUCCGUGUCCGCAUUGACAAAUUCUAGCAUGUCAACAAUCGAAAUGGAGGUUUUCUCUCACUUUCAACUCAUCGUUUUGAUCCUUUUGAUGCUUAUAGGUGGAGAAGUUUUCGUCUCCUGGCUUGGACUUUAUAUAAGUUACAAGUUUCCCAGAAAACAUUUCCUAGGAAAUAGAGUCUGUUCAGAUUAUAACAUCGACCUUUCUUCUUUACAAAACGCAAAUUUUCAAGACCAAAUUGAGCUGGGUUUGGCACAUUCUUCACAUACACAAAACCAGAAUCCAAUUGUUAUUACAAAUACUAAUAGCUCAGAAGAUGAUAAUGAAAAGUCUUUAAUUGAUAAUUCAAUUAAAUACUUGUUUUAUGUAGUAUUAGGUUAUCUUUUAGUUGUUCAUGUAGGUGGAAUUAGUAUAGUUUUUUUGUAUAUAAGCCUUGUUCAAAACGCAAAAGAAGUGCUAAAAAACAAGGGCCUUCAUACGCUAACGUUUUCUGUGUUCUUAAUUGUUUCAACUUUCUCAAACUCUGGAUUCGUCCCUACCAAUGAAAACAUGAUGGUUUUUAAUAAAAACCCAGGCCUCCUUUGGGUUCUAAUCCCACAAGUCGUCCUUGGCAACACAUUGUAUCCAUCUUUCCUGCGACUUCUCAUCUGGGUUUUGAAGAAGGUGACAAACCAAGGGGAGUUUGAAUACAUGUUGAAGAAUUACAAAGAGAUUGGCUAUCGCCACAUGCUAUCUGGCGUUUAUUCUUCUCUUCUUGGUGUUACGGCAUUUGGGUUCAUAUUUCUUCAGUUUGUGCUGUUUUGUGCCUCGGAAUGGAAUUCAGAAGCCAUGGAUGCUAUGAUGAUGCUCUUCGUUGUUAUGAUGUAUCUCCCACCCUAUACAUCGUUUUUACCGGGAAGAUACCGUAAACAGAUUCAAAAAAUGGCAAACUCAAGAAAAAGGGAAAGAAGAGAAAAUAAAUGCCUUCUGUGUAGUGCAUAUGGGAAUGUUGGGUUCACCACUGGGUACAGCUGUAACGGCAUUGCUCCUGAAGUUCAUGCAAAGACACUUGUGCGAAACACAUACAUAUUUGUUCAUAAAAACAACUCUACGGCUGAAGAGAUUUCUCCUGGAGUUCCAAGACCAAGUGGUUUGGAUCUCUUUGGACGUAACAAUCAUUUAGCUAGUUCACUACCAGGUGCUAAUGGGGAUGGUGUUGAACAAGAACAACCUCGAAAUGGAGUGCGAAAUACAUACAUGUUUGUUCAUGACGACAACUCUACGGUUGAAGAGGUUUCUCCUGGAGUUCCAAGACCAAGUGCUUUGGAUCUCUUCGGACCUAAAAAUCAUUUAGCUGUUUCAGCAGCAGAAACAAAAAAUAAGCAUCCAUCUACUCUGAAGCUCUUUGCAAAAAGAAAAAAAUAG